CACAGAUAUUACACGGACAGUAUGGUUGUAUACAUGGUAGACGUAUUGCUUUAUUAAUGUUAUUUCUGUGCCUCGCAUGAAACAAAGAAAACGCAUAAUUCAUAUUCAUAAUGCAGGAAUGGCGCACUCUCACAUUAUGAAUGUAGUUUUCUCUUCUUUCAGGCAGAGAGGAUUUGAGAGAGCUUUUUUUCAGCUGGCGUGGACCAAAAGGGCUUUUAAUAAUAAUAAUAAUAAUAAUAAUAAUAAUAAUAUACGAUUCGACUGUAAUGACGAUCCGAUGUGUCCGUUUCCAUACUAUUUUUGUCACAGUUUCGGAGGUCAUUUUUUUCUGCAGAUAACCGGCUUUUUAUUCCAUCUUUCUGCCAGUUGUGAAGGGGGUUAGGUUUCAAGUUUAAUUUAUAUGCUGUUAUUUUCAGUUAUUCUAUAAAGGCUACAUUUUAGUAUGUAAUAGGUUAUUUACAAAAGUUUUUUUUUUUUUUUUACAUUAGAUGAACACAGUUGAUAUUCAUAUGCCCACUGAACUAAAUCCAUAAUCUGACCACUUUCAUCACGCUGAUUGCAACGAGACCGGUUGAAAUAUUAUUGUAUAUAAAAUACAGUUCGAACGAAACAAUGUUACGUUUUUAAUUGUAACUGGCACACGUACAAAACAGUCAAAUUUGACCUUUAAAUUUAAACAAAGCAAAGCAUAUGUAGCUAUUGCCUCGUUGCUACUUUUGUUUUAUAGGCCAGUGGGUUUACUGUAGAAUAACGGCGGUAAUAACAAAAAAAAAAAAAAAAAAAAAAACUCUCAUCUAUGUAUUAUUCAUUCAUUUAUCCUCGUUAAAUAUUGUAGGCUAUAUCUAAUCUAAUAUGUAGUAUAGGCCUUUGUGCUAUGCUGUAGGUUAUUUAGCAUAUUCAUUUAUCCCUAGUUUUUACGUGCUACAAAGUCCUACAUAAAAAGCUGGGACAACAAAGACUGGAAUACGACACUGUCAGUGUUGUAGUAGUGUCUGAAGAGCUUCUUGUGUUCAAAUUCUGUGGAACAAUGGACAAGGAGCCCCAAACUAAAGCAGAACCUGCAAAGAGCACAGUCAACACCACGGCCACCACCACAGCGGUGAACCCUUCCCAUCAGGCCAAUGGCACCUCCAAACCCCCCCCUGCACUAACAACUGUCACUACCUUCCAUAGUCAGCCCAGCCCCACCGACAGAAAAGUAGUUCAGAUCAAUCUGUCUGGUGACCGACUGGCUCCUUCCUUCUCACCAAGUGAGCGAGUCAACCAGGCUUCAUCUUCGCAGCAGACCCCAAAAACGAUUUCUCUCCCCAACACGCCCAGAUCAACACCCCUUGUCAGAGGAAAUCAGAAUCAGAGCACUGCUGCGGCCCCCCGCAAGAUCUCUCCUCAAGCGCUGCUUCUGGGGAAGAGCCCGAGUACGAGCCAGGCCCAGAUGCUCCUGAGGGCCCAGAUGUUGAUUUUAACGUCUGCUGUGCGGCCUGAUGUGCCUGCCCUCACCUCUUCCUCUUCCUACUCCUCUUCUUCCUCCUCCACCCCUUCCUCUUCCUCACCUCGAUUUACCUCCACGCAGCUCCAGAGUCUGACUCUCCGUCCACCACCACCUGGCACCCUCACCAUCCCUCCAAACCUACCACUUAAGCCCACAACCUCAAGCCAACCCCCUCCGCUUUCAUGCCCGAGAUUACAAACUUUCCAUCUGAGGCCCAGCCAGCCAGCGAACGUUCCAGGGAAGGAAGGACAGACUAAAACUGAAGGUUCAACUUCUCAAACAGCUCCACCGAAAGCACCACCUGUGCGCCAUCUUACGGUUCCACCACCAUCCCUGUAUGCUCCUGCACAGGCCCAUGCCUUAGCCAAACAGAAGCUAAACAGCAGCAGCUUGAAGAGGCCACAUAGCCAGAUCAGCAUCCCCCAGCACCCCUUCAAUCAGAGGCAUACACCCCCCAACUCUCCCCCCGCCACACCAAAGAAGCUUCUUCCAGAGUUAAAUCGCUGCCCGUCCACCCAACCAUCCCAGAGUGUGUCAGCCAGCUCUUCUGUUCCCAUCACAGUUCCUUCCCCUGGAAGAUCUCACCUUACACCCCGUACCCUAACCCUGCCCUUGAGGUCCUCCACGGCGGGUGGGUCCUUACUGGCUACAAAACAGCUGCUGAGGAUUGCUCUGUCCUCUGCGUCUGCCCAGUGCACCAAUGGCCAAUCAAAGACAGCCACUGUGUCCCCACCCCACGAUCUCAUUCAAUCAAAGCCUCUUGUUUCACCUGUGCUUGCUAAACCAGAGUGCACCGCCCAGCCACUGCGGACUCCAAACCAAUGCCCACAGCUGGUCCAGCUGUCACCCUCCAGGCAAACUACAGUAGCCACACCUCUGGCCACCACCCCUCCACUGGCAUCUCCACAGAGGGCAUCUCCUCCAUCACCAGUGCUGCCCCUGGUGUCCUCCAGCAGCAUUCUUGCACCGCUGCAGUCGCCCGUGACCUCACAGAAUCCCAUACAAACGGCUGAGACAUCAGAAGACCUGAAAGACGGAAAAGAAGAGCGUAAGGAGGGAAAUGGACUUAAGCAGACUCCUCAAGAUCUCAAAUGUCCAGCACCCCUGAGAAAAAGUCCAGGACAAAACCAAAUCACCCAGACUGCCACCACAGAACACCAGUCAAGUGAAUCUUCAGAGAAGGCCACGGUCUUUAAUAAAAUGACAGUCUGCACAGAGGAUUCGAGGACUGAUGGACAGAUAAAGAUGUCACAAAAGAAUGAGUCGCACUUGCCCUCAGUCCCACCAUGGCAAGCUGAGAAAGACGACCAGUGUGAGGAAACAUCCACCCAGUCAGACAAUCACUCAGCGAUCUCCAGCCUCUCUUCUGACAUGUCACCCAUCCAGUCCUCCCUGACUCAACCUUUAGACAUGUCCCCUGUGGACAGCUGCAUUCCCCCAAAGUUUCACCCCAUGCUGGAGAGACCACUAGUUGAGCCUCCCACGUUCAGCCAAACGAAGCCCACAGAGGUCCAGCAGCCAUCAGGAGCAGCCAAACCUUUGGUCCUAACACACCUGGUGGAAGGAUUUAUCAUACAGGAAGGACUGGAGCCAUUCCCGGUGAACAGGUCAUCUCUAAUGGUGGGUCCUGUCAGGGAGUCAGGGCUAAAUGAGGAGAAGGAACCAGAACUCAUCCCUUCCAGCUCAGAUCCUCCAGAGGAGUCCACAGACUCAGAUGAUGAGGGCACAAACAUAGAUGGUGUUGGAGGAGCCCACAAGCUUGUUCUGCAGUGCCAGUUUUGCAAGAGGAAAGGCACCGCCCAAACGUUCGCACGCUCCAAACGCUUCUGCUCCAAAUCCUGUGCCAAGAGAUUCAGUUACACCAAACGUUUCCGUGCGCUCAGGCGCUGUAUAAGCGAAGGUGGCCAUCGAUCUGAGCUCAAUGGCGCUGAGGACAACAGCGAAGAAAACUUCCAGCAGGCAAGACAUGGGAUCACGGAGCAGUGGAGAAUCCUUCAGAAGCCUCCACAGGAAGGUGAAGAUGAGACGGUCGUUCCAAUGAAGACCAGGCUUCGCAGGCACACAGAACAAGAGCGAGUGCGGGAUGUGAGAACAAGGCAACCGAUGGAAGAGACUAGAAGUGCUCCCACCUCACCUGUAGACCCUGUGUCCCCCAUUGAUGUCUCUCCCUGCCCCAAACCAGCUCAAUGGUCUGUGGAUCAAGUGUCAAGCUUUAUAUCCAACUUACCAGGGUGUCAAGACAUUGCAGAAUCCUUCAGAGCCCAAGAGAUUGAUGGGCAGGCCUUGCUUCUCUUGACCGAAGACCAUUUGAUGAGCGCCAUGAAUGUCAAACUCGGCCCUGCUCUGAAAAUAUGUGCCCGCAUCAACUCUCUGAAAGAAGGUGGAAGAUAAAGAGAACGAAAAAGAGACAAAAAAGAAUAGAAGGUAUACCCUUGUGGACCAUAAGAGCACUUGCCAAUAGAAUAGAACCAAUUUGUGCACUUUAAUCUUUAGAGAUUUAUGCGAUAAUUUCAUUGUUAUGAGAAAGCUUACAUGUAUUUGCUUGAACUAAACUAGCAAAACUUUACAGUACUUGUAAACUCUGUCUGAAAGCAUGGUAGCAAUAUAAUGGUCUCAGUCUGUGAGCAUUUUACGGGAUGUAUAUUUAAUCGAAGUAGGAGGGAACUGUUAGCGUCUCCUUUUUUUGUAUGGGUAAUCAUGAUCAGGGUCAAUGAUUUUAUAUUUUUGACAAAGGCACAAAGGAGAUCACUUCUGUGUCCAUGUGGAGAGGUUUGACAAGAACGGAAGUGCUGUUAUUGUGUGCAUGUCCCAUUGUAUAUAUUUUCCUAUUGUAUUCCAUAUGUAUACAUGUAUAACAAUGCAGUGUUCUGUGUGUAUAAAUGAAACAAAUGUUUUGUGAAGGAUUUGUAAUAUUUAAUAUAUUUGUCUUCUAAGGCUCUAGAAAGUACAAAUGCGAAUCAUUUCAAGUUUUUAAACAUUUUUAAAUGACGUUUGAGAUACUGACAUUUCUGCAGUGGUACUGUGUAAAACUGUCAAAGAAGAAGAUGAGAAGGUACCUGAAGGCAAUCGAUUUUAAUCAAGGCAGUGAAAAGGUGCCUUUUUUCUGAGACCUUAUGAAACUACUGUAGACAUUUUGCAGAGGCAAACUAUGUACUAGAUAGUGUCAUCAUAAAAGUGUUGUUUCUCAUUGUUACAUUACCUUUCUUGUGCCACUUUUGAUUAUUUAAUUAAACCAACUACAUUUUGUUACGGGA